CCGCUCCGCUCCGCUCCGCCCCGGCCGCCGCGGCCAUGACCGACAACAUCCCGCUGCAGCCCGUGCGGCAGAAGAAGCGGAUGGACAGCAAGCGCCGCAGCGGGUGUUGUGAGUGCCUAAGAUGCUGCGGGAGAAGAGACCCGAGGCCUCGUACUGUUUGGCUUGGCCACCCAGAAAAGAGAGAGCAGAGGUACCCUCGCAAUGUGAUCAACAACCAGAAAUACAACUUUUUUACUUUCCUCCCUGGGGUGUUGUUUAACCAGUUCAAAUAUUUCUUCAAUCUUUAUUUCUUGCUUUUGGCCUGCUCUCAAUUUGUCGUUGAAAUGAGGCUUGGUGCACUUUACACAUACUGGGUUCCUCUGGGAUUCGUGCUGGCUGUCACCGUCAUCCGUGAGGCAACGGAGGAGAUCAGAUGCUACAUGCGCGACAAGGAAGUGAACUCGCAGAUCUACAGCAAGCUCACAGCGAGAGGGACCGUGAAGGUGAAGAGCUCUAGUAUACAAGUAGGCGACCUCAUCGUUGUUGAAAAGAACCAGCGGGUCCCUGCUGACAUGAUCUUCCUGAGGACGUCGGAGAAGAAUGGAUCUUGUUUCCUUCGCACCGAUCAGCUGGACGGUGAGACGGACUGGAAACUGCGCCUGCCUGUGACCUGUACCCAGAGACUGCCAACCGCUUCUGACCUGCUUCAAAUUCGAUCGUAUGUAUAUGCAGAAGAGCCCAAUAUUGAUAUACAUAACUUUGUGGGGACCUUCACAAGGGAGGACAGUGACCCUCCAGUGAAUGAAAGUUUAAGCAUAGAAAACACCUUAUGGGCCAGCACAGUGAUUGCAUCAGGUACUGUUGUAGGAGUUGUCCUCUACACUGGAAGGGAACUGCGCAGUGUGAUGAACGCUUCAAACCCAAGAAGUAAGAUUGGUCUCUUUGACUUGGAAGUGAACUGUCUUACCAAGAUCCUGUUUGGUGCUCUUGUGGUAGUCUCACUCGUCAUGGUGGCCCUUCAGCACUUUGCUGGCCGUUGGUAUCUUCAGAUCAUAAGAUUUCUCCUUCUUUUCUCAAACAUCAUUCCGAUUAGUUUACGUGUGAAUCUGGACAUGGGGAAAAUAGUCUACAGCUGGGUGAUCCGCAGAGAUUCCAAAAUCCCUGGGACGGUCGUUCGAUCCAGUACUAUUCCAGAGCAGCUGGGGCGGAUAUCUUAUUUGCUCACAGACAAAACAGGAACCCUUACACAGAACGAGAUGGUUUUCAAAAGGCUUCACCUGGGAACAGUGGCUUAUGGCCUGGACUCCAUGGAUGAAGUGCAGAGCCACAUAUUCAGUAUAUACACGCAGCAAUCUCAGGACCCACCUGCUCUGAAGGGCGUUACCUUAGCCACCAAGGUGCGAAAAACCAUGAGCAGCCGAGUGCACGAGGCAGUGAAGGCGAUUGCCCUGUGCCACAACGUCACGCCAGUUUACGAGUCCAACGGUGUGACGGAUCAGGCUGAAGCUGAGAGACACUAUGAGGAUUCCUGCAGGGUGUACCAGGCUUCCAGUCCUGAUGAGGUGGCCCUGGUCCAGUGGACGGAGAGCGUGGGCUUAACCCUGGUUGGCAGAGACCAGUCCUCCAUGCAGCUGAGGACACCAGGUGGCCAGAUACUGAACUUCACCAUCCUCCAGAUCUUCCCCUUCACUUACGAAAGCAAACGAAUGGGAAUAAUCGUUCGGGAUGAAUCAACAGGAGAGAUCACUUUCUACAUGAAGGGGGCUGAUGUGGUCAUGGCCGGCAUUGUGCAGUACAACGACUGGCUGGAAGAAGAGUGUGGUAACAUGGCUAGAGAAGGCCUGAGGGUUCUUGUUGUAGCCAAGAAGUCUCUGACUGAGGAGCAGUAUCAAGACUUUGAAGCUCGCUACGUGCAGGCGAAGCUGAGCGUGCAUGAUCGCUCACUGAAGGUAGCCACGGUGAUCGAGAGCCUGGAGAUGGAGAUGGAGCUGCUGUGUCUCACUGGGGUGGAGGAUCAGCUGCAGACAGAUGUUCGACCUACUCUGGAGACGCUAAGAAACGCUGGCAUUAAGGUGUGGAUGCUAACAGGGGAUAAGCUGGAGACAGCCACAUGUACAGCAAAGAACGCACAUUUGGUGACAAGAACACAGGACAUCCAUAUAUUCAGACUAGUGACUAACCGUGGAGAAGCCCAUUUAGAGCUGAAUGCCUUCCGCCGGAAACAUGACUGCGCACUUGUUAUUUCUGGCGACUCACUAGAGGUGUGUCUGAAAUACUAUGAGUAUGAGUUCAUGGAGCUGGCUUGCCAGUGCCCUGCUGUUGUGUGCUGCAGAUGUGCCCCAACGCAGAAGGCUCAGAUCGUGUGCUUGCUCCAGGAAAGAACUGGCAAACUCACCUGUGCAGUAGGUGAUGGAGGGAAUGAUGUCAGCAUGAUCCAGGAGGCUGACUGUGGUGUUGGAGUUGAAGGAAAGGAAGGAAAACAAGCGUCACUUGCAGCAGAUUUCUCUAUCACUCAGUUUAAACAUCUGGGCCGUUUACUAAUGGUGCAUGGAAGAAACAGUUAUAAAAGGUCAGCAGCUCUCAGCCAGUUUGUAAUCCACAGGAGCUUGUGCAUCAGUACAAUGCAGGCUGUUUUCUCAUCAGUAUUUUACUUUGCUUCAGUUCCUCUCUACCAGGGCUUUCUCAUCAUUGGAUACUCCACAAUUUACACGAUGUUUCCAGUGUUUUCUCUAGUCCUGGACAAGGAUGUUAAGUCUGAAGUUGCUAUGUUGUACCCAGAGCUCUACAAAGAUCUUCUUAAGGGGCGACCAUUGUCAUACAAAACGUUUUUGAUAUGGGUCUUGAUAAGCAUCUAUCAAGGUAGCAUCAUUAUGUAUGGAGCACUCCUCCUCUUUGAAUCAGAAUUUGUCCACAUCGUCGCCAUUUCCUUCACGUCCUUGAUCCUCACCGAGUUGCUGAUGGUGGCGCUGACAAUCCAGACGUGGCAUUGGCUCAUGAUAGUGGCUGAGCUGCUUAGUCUCUCCUGCUACAUAGCUUCUCUGGUCUUCUUACAUGAAUUUAUUGAUGUUUACUUCAUUGCAACUCUGUCGUUCUUGUGGAAGGUCACUGUCAUCACCCUGGUGAGCUGCCUCCCCCUCUACGUCCUGAAGUACCUGAGGCGAAGGUUUUCUCCCCCGAGCUAUUCAAAGCUCACGUCAUAAGGGGCCGCUUUCCUUGUUCACCAGAGACAAAUAUUGCACAUGGCUGAGAGACAAAAAUCAUGUAGUUGUAACUAUACUGAAUACGUCUGGUAUUUGCGUAAGGAUCACGUGGUAAUCUCUGUUACAUGCUACUUUAUUGAAAAAGACUUAAGCAACUGCUGGGAACAUAAACCUAAUGAUAAAUGGGAGUUUUUGGAGAGUGAAGGCUCUUGUUAGUUCAUCCAAUUUUUGUCACUUUUUUCAACUUAAUUGGGGUAAGAUGCAUGCAACUGCAAUGAUGGUUGGUUUCUCAUGUGUGAUGCAGAGUAUCUGAAAGCUGCUAAUGACCUUGGAAUUUAUAUGUGAUGAAAAUUUUAAGUUACUUUUUAAGUAUCUUGAUGUUCCUUACAUGGUGUUAUGUUUUUUUUUAAUAUUAUUUAUCUUUUUGAUUCGAGUAGGUACAUUCUUUCUCUAUUUUGGAAAGCCCUUACUGUAGGUGAUGCACUGUAUUGCUGACAGCCAGUUUCUGAUUUGUGCCAUGCCGUUCUCAUAACAGCGUACUAGCAUGCCAGAUCUACACACAUUUGAGAAUCUAAGCCUGUUUGAGAUUUUCCUUCAGUUGAAUUGUAGUCAAUCUAGUGUUUUUGGUGGUAUCCAGACAUUGAUAAAUACAGAGAAAUGUAAUCCAAAGUCAAGAAAAUUCCGUUUUGUUUAGCUUUUGUGCUUCCUGAUAAAAGGAGCUGGUGAUAUAAUAGCUGUAUAUUUAUUUGUAUAGGAGAAAAUUAUUUAAAUUAAAAACCCCUGUUGGAAAGAAAUUUGCAGCUGAUUAGCCUUAAAAUGUGUUGACAACGUGAGAAGUGACUCGUACGGCUCUGCAGACAAUGCAGCAGACAUGUCUUGAAUCCUUGGAGACUGAAAGGAAAGGUCAUGGAGCUGCUGCUCCACACAGCUACACAAAAUCUGUUUCCUGUUAGGAUGAAAUAGUGAAGAUGAGCUGCAAAUAAGCUGAGGCACUCCUAGGUGGAUGUUGUUCAUAAUACAGUCUCUGCAGAGAGGCAGUUUUUGAGAACUUGUUUGCUCUAAAAACCAAGCUUGAAUCAGCGAGGCAAGCUCAGAGGCCAAACCAUGGGUGCUAGGCCAGUGUGCAGAGCAAAUUGGACUUUUCUUCUUUUUAACCUUCCAAAAACUUGCUGAGUUUUGUUUUUAUCAUAAGCAUUGACCCAUGUUACAAACAGCACGUAUACAGACUGCUCAGGAGAAUGACAGUGAAUUAAAGGAACCUGUAAGGGUUGAAUGUGGAUGAGCUUUUAGUGACCAUCAGUCUCAUCUAAGUCUUUAGACUCUAAGCUCUUUACUCUGUGAUAAAUUAGUUGCUUGCUGCCUCAUUCGCAUGUCAUAAAACCUGCUGUUGUACCUGGUUGGUAGGCAGUGCAGAGAGGCCAGGAGUGGUGGAUUCCAGCAGCCUGAGCUUCCUUCUCCUCUCUAAACACCUGCUCAGGGAAACUGUGCUGAUACGAGGAGCAGAAGCUCCUUUGGCUUCUUUGAGUCAUGCUAGACCACCCUAAUGGAGCACCAACAGCACCAACUUGUCUUGCCAUUGCUGCAGACAUCCCACUGUCACAAGCAGCACAACACUGCUUAAAAAGUUCUGCUGUGAAAAUCAAGGUGGAAAAUGGGAGCGUCAUUUUAAAAGAAGAGCUGGUGUCUCUGUUGACCCAGUGUAAUACAUAUUGAAUUUUCAGAUCUAAAAAGCCAUGCUUUUUGUGGCUGGUUUGUGGUGACUGCUUUAAGGAAUGUUUUGUACAACCUGGCCUGCGUUCCUUGCUCUAAAGUACUGUGAAUAAAUAUCAAAGAUGAAGUGAAGCAAGUUCCAAAAGAUUUGGAGAAGAAUUGGGUGUGCUUCAUUAUGCACAUGGCUCGGGGCAGAGGAAGGUGCAAGUCCUUGUGCCCAUGUCAUUUUGUGUGAGGGGAAACUCUCAGGAAGGGUAGACAGCUUCCCUAAAGAAACCUAGAGAAUAAAUAGCAACGGUGUCUGGGACAGUGGACCAAAGGGUGCUGUGUCCUUCUGUGCCCUUCUGCUGCCACCUUUCUUCCCUGGAGCAAACCUGCCCUCUGUGGUGUAGAUCUGAUGCUCUCCCUCAGCCUUCUUCUCUUAAUAGCCACUCUGCUAGUGACUCUAUUUCUCUGUCAUCCAAAAGGCCUCACAGACUGUGGAUAUCUCGGCUUUUUGCUUUAUUAUUUAUUUAUAGGAAACAUACUGAACUGAGAAGACGGCAAAAUUAGCAGCUUCUCCUGUUCUCAUUGGACACUGCUUUUUCAGUGGCCCUCCAGCAAAUCUAGAGAAAAAGCAAAAAGCAUACACAGUUCCUUCCUACCGUAUUUAUUUGUGUCCUUUUAUUUCUCUUCCCUUUGCUUUUCUGCUUUUCCAGAGAAGAGUCAAUCGUAUAAAUACAGGUGAUAGGUACUAUUGCAUUCCCUUUGGGAAUGGAAUUUCUGUUUUAGAUGGCAGAGUGGCCUGAGAGUUGUAGUAGUCAAAAAGAAGGCUAGUUCCAGUGUGUCUUCUCUGCGUGCUUAAUUUAGAAAGUUACGUUUCAAAAUCCUUGAGGAAUAAGAACAGCAAACACUUAGAUCUAGAACAAUGGGGGUUUUUUUUGUGCUCUCUUCUGAUUAGGCUCUUCUGUGGGGUCCUAAAACUUAGCAACCACCUUUAAAAACAACCUAGUGACUAAGGAAACUUAGCUAAUACUGAGCUAAUUCUUGGAAUUCAUCUUUUCAGUAAUGGUUUUAAAAUUUGCCUUUCUCUUCUAAAUUCUUCCAAGACAAAAAUCCACCCCUUUCACAUGUACAAAGUGGGAAAGGCCCUGAAAGUCCCAUAUUCUUAAAUGGUUUGUCUGACAGAAGAGAAGCGGAGCCUGAAGAGCCCUGUUGUGGAAGAAUCAGACUAUCAGCUUUUCGUGAAUUUUGCCACUUUGCCAAAAAAGUUCUUAAUGUUGUCUUUGUCGUGACUUGCUACAGUUCUGGAUAGUGUCAGCCUUGCAGAUGCUCUGGAUUCCCCAAUCAAUAUUUGAUUUAAGUAGAUUUAAAUAUAACAGUCGAGAUUUUUUUUUUUAGCUUCUUGUGACAGACCAGUCAAGUCUCUCUUGUCCUUUGGAAGAUAAAUGACAGUAUACAUCUUUGUAAGAACCUUGUCCUUAUCUAUUGUGUGUUAGUAGUUAAAUGUCCUGCAGCAACAGCGCCAUGAUACUGUAUGUAAAUAUUUGAGAAGUAUAUAUGGUAGAAUUCACUGUUUCCUGAAGUCAAUACAGUUUACACUGAGUGGACCAUAUUUGCAAAAUACUAGCUUAUAGCAAGAAAGGGAGUGAAUUGUGAUUUCAGUAAUAUUUAUUGAAUCAUAACCUUAAUAAGGAACUCAUAUUUAGUGGCAUUGAUAGUAAUCUGUAGCUGUGUUUUGGGGUGGGGAUUAUGUUCCUUUGCAGCUAGUUUUUUGCACAAGGUUGUAAAUCCAGGAAGCAAUCUCCACCAUUCUAUGAUUCUCUCUGGGUACGCAUUGCGUUUUUUUAAAGCAAUCAUAAAAUUAAAACUGCAAUCUAACAAACAGCAAGAGUCAAACAAUUGUAUUUUUCGUGCUUAGCACUUUGUCUAUAACACUAUUUCCCUUAAGUUAUUUUAAAAAUGUUUUUAAAAGCAAAAUUUAAUGCAUAUGUUCAUACUGCACAUUUGAAUAAAUGUAUUAUUUGCUGGAAAUUAAUUGCAUCUUUUUCUUCUAGUAUGCUCAUAACUCGUGCAGAGUGAAGCAGAUUUCCUCUUCUAUGUAAUGUCUUGUUCUUUGAAUUUAUUUUGAGUUCUUGUUCCUUUGCUUCAAUGUUUGGUGUACUGUAGCAGGUCAUAUAACUUGUGUGCUUUGCGACUGCUGCAGAUGAUGCUGUGGAAUAGCAGCGUAUGUCACCCAGUGGGCUCGUGCUCCCGCAGCAGCUUUGGGAAGGUAUCUGCCUUGCUUUGUUUCUUCUGUGGUUGGUUAACACACAGGUUUUGGGACAAACCCUGUCCUGUUCUUCAUCCCUGCAGUAAUUCAAGGUGUGCUGUCAUCCUCUUUAUUUUUCUUUAACUCUUAUAUGUGUUUCCUCCCCUAUGUUGCUUACACCUGGAAAUGCCACCGAGCUUGUCCUGUUUGUGGUGGUUUAGCUCAGCUCAUAAUGCAACGCAUAAAUCCUUAGUUUGCACAUGCGGUGCUCUCAGCCAGAUACGUGAACUACUAAUUGCAUGCAGCUCACCAUCACGAGUCCUUUGCACACAGCUGUUCAGGUGGGAGCUGACUCAUCUCCACAGCUGCAUGACUAAGGCCCGAUCCAUUUCUCACUGGAGUCUUCAGGGUGAGAUGGAUGGGCUAUUUUAUUUAUUUAUUUUUAAUUAUUGUGUAAUUAAUAGUAUUUGAUUUGUAUAAAAUCCUGGGUUCUACAGCUUUGCCAGUAUGGUCCAUUAUUACUGCCUACCACAACUUGUGUACUUAUGCCUUUUAAAAUAUUUUUAAUUGUUAAAAUUGUUUUAAAAAUGUUAAUUUAAUUUAAUUUUUAAUUGAGGAAAUGGAUUCUGGUGUCAAAAUGAUAUUUACUGUGAUGCCAAUGUUUUGUACCUGUUGUCUAGUUAAACAACAUGUAAAUACUCUUGAUUCAAGAGAAAUAUGAAUGCCAAUUAUUUAUUGUUCUGUGGAGCUGUAUGUUGCAGAUGUGUAAGAACUUAAAAGGGAAUGUUGUAAAACAAGGUGGAAAAAUAAAUUUUAUGCAACUUC